CGCCGCUGCGGUUUCACUUGGCUGCGACAGCGGCAGGUGGGGUAAGAGGAGGGGGUGAUGCGCGAGAUCCGCCACCGUCCCACCGAGUCCAAUCGUGUCAAAUCGUCGCUUGUAUUCUUCCGCUGGUGUCGGGGCGCUCGCGCCGUACUCGAGACACUCCAAGACACUCUCCUCUCCGCUAACGUCAUCGUGAUCGUCGGUGCUGACCGCUCGGACACGAGAAAAUUUUCCGACGCUCAUUGUUAUUAUUUAGCGAUCGUGAUCGUCGACCUCUCCGGAUCUCUCUCGCGCGCGGUGAAUCUUUCUACGGGGAAUCCUUCAUACGCGGGAACUAUUUCGAGUUAGAGGGGCGGCGUUGGCGGCCAUGAUGGGUGUCAGCGGCGAGUAGCGACGUUUACGCUCGCUCUCCGCUCAGUCGGUUUUUACGCGCUUCAACGAAUUGAUGUUGAGCGUCCCGCGACGGGACAGAGAUAGACAGAGAGAGGCGCACACGACGACACCCGGGGGAACGAAAUUCGUAAGUAAGGAGAAUUGGAUUUUGGAAUUGCGAGAUCUCCAUCCGCGCACGGAGGAGAUCUAAGUAAAUCCGCACCACGGCGGGAACAGUGACCGAGAACCUCGCCACGACGGAUUCCUCAGACACCUCGGCGAAAAUGACGCAGCUAUUACCCAUAAGGUUCCAGGAACACCUGCAGCUUACGGCUGUAGGAAUUAAUGCUAGUAAUGUCAGCUUUAACACCCUCACUAUGGAGUCUGACAAAUUCAUUUGCGUUAGAGAGAAGGUUGGUGAUACUGCCCAGGUAGUAAUCAUUGAUAUGAAUGAUUCAGCCAAUCCUAUCAGAAGACCAAUAUCCGCUGAUUCUGCAAUCAUGAAUCCUGCUAGUAAAGUCAUCGCUCUCAAAGCUAUGAAGACGCUUCAGAUCUUCAACAUUGAGAUGAAAUCAAAGAUGAAAGCUCAUACAAUGACGGAAGAUGUAGUCUUUUGGAAAUGGAUAUCGCUGAACACGUUGGCAUUAGUAACGGAGACUGCAGUGUACCACUGGUCCAUGGAGGGUGACUCGACGCCGAAUAAGAUGUUCGAACGUCAUUCGUCAUUAAACGGCUGCCAAAUUAUAAAUUACCGAACAGAUCCGAAGCAGACGUGGCUGUUGUUGAUCGGUAUUUCGGCACAGCAUAACCGAGUGGUCGGCGCCAUGCAGCUUUACUCUGUGGAACGUAAAUGUUCACAACCGAUCGAGGGACACGCCGCCUCCUUUGCUCAGUUUAAGAUGGAAGGAAACGGAGAGCCAAGCAAUCUAUUCUGUUUUGCUGUUAGAACGGUCCAGGGCGCAAAGCUUCACAUCAUCGAGGUGGGCCAACCGCCCUCUGGUAACCAUCCGUUUCCCAAGAAAGCUGUAGAUGUAUUUUUCCCACCUGAGGCAGGAAACGAUUUUCCCGUCGCGAUGCAAGUUAGCUCCAAAUACGACGUCAUAUAUUUAAUCACGAAAUACGGUUAUAUACACAUGUACGAUAUUGAGUCCGCGACCUGUAUAUUUAUGAAUCGUAUCUCUGGGGAGACGAUCUUCGUUACCGCACCACACGAAGCGUCUGGCGGUAUAAUAGGAGUGAAUCGAAAGGGUCAAGUCUUGUCCGUCUCCGUGGACGAAGAGAACAUAAUCCCGUACAUCAAUGGAGUGCUACAGAAUUCGGAAUUGGCGUUGAGAAUGGCCGUGAGAAACAAUCUGUCGGGCGCGGAGGACUUGUUCGUAAGGAAAUUCAAUAUGCUCUUCCAAAAUGGUCAGUACGCGGAGGCAGCGAAAGUCGCGGCAAAUGCUCCCAAAGGAAUACUCAGAACACCGGCGACUAUCCAGCGAUUUCAACAGGUCCCUGCUACUCAGGGUCAAACGUCUCCUCUCUUACAGUAUUUCGGCAUUCUUCUGGAUCAGGGACAACUAAAUAAAUACGAGUCGUUGGAGUUGUGCCGACCGGUAUUAGUUCAAGGACGUAAACAACUGCUGGAGAAAUGGUUGAAAGAAGACAAACUGGAAUGCAGCGAAGAGUUGGGAGAUCUAGUGAAACAGGCGGAUCCCACAUUAGCGCUUAGCGUUUAUUUGAGAGCUAACGUCCCCAACAAGGUAAUUCAAUGCUUUGCGGAGACCGGCCAAUUUCAGAAGAUCGUAUUGUACGCCAAGAAAGUCUCGUAUACGCCCGACUAUAUAUUCCUCCUGCGGAAUGUCAUGAGGAUUAAUCCCGAUCAGGGUGUGGCAUUUGCACAGAUGCUGGUUCAGGACGACGAACCAUUGGCCGACAUCAAUCAGAUUGUCGAUAUAUUUAUGGAGCAGAAUAUGGUGCAGCAAUGUACGGCGUUCCUGCUGGAUGCGCUCAAGAACAAUCGGCCGAGCGAGGGUGCCUUACAGACCCGUCUCUUAGAAAUGAAUUUAAUGUCCGCCCCGCAAGUGGCUGACGCUAUAUUGGGUAAUCAAAUGUUUACCCAUUACGACAGAGCUCACGUCGCGCAAUUGUGCGAGAAGGCCGGCUUGUUGCAACGCGCUCUCGAGCACUACACGGAUUUGUAUGAUAUUAAAAGAGCGGUGGUACAUACGCAUCUGCUCUCGCCCGACUGGCUCGUAGGUUUCUUCGGUACUCUGUCCGUUGAAGAUUCCCUCGAGUGUCUGAAGGCCAUGUUAACGGCCAACAUACGGCAGAACUUGCAGAUCUGCAUACAGAUUGCGACCAAAUAUCACGAGCAGUUGACGACUAAAGCGUUGAUAGAUCUAUUCGAGAGUUUUAAGUCUUACGAAGGCCUGUUCUACUUCUUGGGGUCUAUCGUGAAUUUUAGCCAGGAUCAGGAAGUGCACUUCAAAUAUAUCCAGGCGGCGUGCAAGACUGGCCAGAUAAAAGAGGUGGAGCGCAUAUGUCGAGAGAGCAACUGUUACAACCCGGAACGCGUAAAGAAUUUCCUAAAAGAAGCAAAGCUGUCCGAUCAAUUGCCUUUAAUAAUCGUGUGCGACCGAUUUGACUUCGUUCACGAUCUUGUUCUCUAUCUUUAUCGCAACAACUUACAGAAAUACAUUGAGAUAUAUGUCCAAAAGGUAAAUCCAUCGCGACUACCGGUCGUCGUGGGUGGUCUACUGGACGUCGACUGUUCGGAAGAUAUCAUUAAGAAUCUGAUACUGGUGGUGCGCGGACAAUUCUCCACCGAUGAACUAGUUGAGGAGGUAGAAAAGAGAAAUCGACUGAAAUUGUUGCUGCCGUGGCUGGAAUCCCGCGUUCACGAGGGCUGUGUGGAACCAGCUACGCACAAUGCGCUGGCCAAGAUCUACAUUGACAGCAACAACAAUCCCGAAAGAUUUCUUAAGGAGAAUCAAUUCUAUGACAGCAGAGUUGUUGGCAAAUAUUGUGAAAAGCGCGAUCCUCAUUUGGCUUGCAUUGCAUACGAGCGUGGCCAAUGCGACCGUGAGCUAAUAAGCGUGUGCAACGAGAACAGCCUGUUCAAGAGUGAGGCCAGAUAUCUGGUGAGACGUAGAGAUCCUGAUCUUUGGGCGGAAGUGCUGUUGGAGAGCAAUCCGUACAAGCGACCGUUGAUCGAUCAGGUUGUUCAGACGGCAUUAUCUGAGACGCAAGAUCCCGAAGAUAUAUCGGUUACUGUCAAGGCUUUCAUGACGGCCGACUUGCCUAACGAACUGAUCGAACUUCUCGAGAAGAUAGUACUGGACAGCAGCGUAUUCAGCGAUCAUCGUAAUUUGCAGAAUCUCUUGAUAUUAACAGCCAUCAAAGCUGACCGUACACGCGUCAUGGAAUAUAUUAACCGCUUAGACAAUUAUGACGCCCCGGAUAUCGCUAACAUUGCUAUUAACAAUGAACUUUACGAGGAAGCUUUUGCAAUCUUCAAAAAGUUUGACGUCAAUACGUCGGCUAUCCAGGUUCUAAUUGAACAAGUUGGCAACUUGGACAGGGCUUACGAAUUUGCAGAAAGAUGCAACGAGCCACCGGUGUGGUCACAGCUUGCCAGGGCCCAACUGCAGCAAGGUCUGGUUAAAGAAUCGAUCGAUAGCUUUAUUAAAGCAGACGAUCCGUCCGCGUACAUGGACGUGGUAGAAACGGCGCAUCGGACUUCGCAUUGGGAAGAUUUAGUCCGUUAUCUCCAAAUGGCUCGCAAGAAAGCACGCGAAUCCUUCAUUGAGAGCGAAUUAAUAUACGCGUAUGCACGGACCAACAGACUCGCAGAUCUCGAAGAAUUUAUAUCUGGCCCUAAUCACGCCGAUAUACAAAAGAUCGGCGACAGAUGUUUCGACGAUAAGAUGUAUGACGCCGCGAAACUGCUCUACAACAAUGUAUCGAACUUUGCGCGUUUAGCUAUAACGUUGGUCCAUCUGAAAGAGUUUCAAGGUGCCGUCGAUAGCGCACGCAAAGCCAACUCAACGCGCACCUGGAAGGAAGUUUGUUUUGCCUGUGUGGAUAGCGGCGAAUUUCGCUUGGCACAAAUGUGCGGUCUGCACAUAGUCGUACAUGCAGACGAGCUUGAGGACUUGAUUAAUUAUUACCAAGAUCGCGGGCAUUUCGAAGAACUUAUUAAUCUUUUGGAAGCUGCUCUAGGACUUGAACGGGCUCACAUGGGAAUGUUUACCGAACUAGCUAUUCUUUAUAGUAAAUACAAGCCUCAACGAAUGAGGGAACAUUUGGAACUCUUCUGGUCGCGUGUCAAUAUACCGAAAGUGCUGCGCGCAGCGGAACAAGCGCAUUUGUGGGCCGAGUUAGUGUUUCUGUAUGACAAGUACGAGGAAUAUGAUAAUGCGGUCCUAGCGAUGAUGCAACAUCCUACCGAGGCUUGGCGAGAGGGUCAUUUCAAAGACGUAAUCACCAAAGUCGCAAACGUCGAGCUCUACUAUAAGGCUAUACACUUUUAUGUGGAAUAUAAACCCCUUCUUCUGAACGAUAUAUUGCUCGUGCUUGCUCCGCGCAUGGAUCAUACUAGAUCAGUGGCGUAUUUCACGCGAACCGGCCAUCUGCAAUUGGUGAAGCCAUACUUAAGAUCAGUUCAGGCCCUCAACAACAAAGCUAUCAACGAAGCCUUGAACGGCUUGUUAAUCGACGAAGAAGAUUACCAAGGUCUCCGAACAUCAAUUGAUGCAUUCGAUAAUUUUGAUAAUAUCGCGUUAGCGAUGCAACUCGAGAAACAUGAAUUGAUAGAGUUCAGGAGAAUCGCCGCAUACUUGUACAAGGGAAAUAAUAGAUGGAAGCAGUCCGUGGAGCUUUGCAAGAAGGAUCGAUUAUUUAGAGACGCCAUGGAGUACGCGGCGGAAUCCCGGAAUGCAGAGGUCGCCGAAGAAUUACUUGAGUGGUUCUUAGAAAGGGGUUCUAAGGACUGUUUUGCAGCAUGCUUAUUUCAUUGUUACGAUUUACUUCAUCCGGACGUCAUCUUGGAACUCGCAUGGAGACAUCGCAUUUUACAUUUCGCAAUGCCGUAUCUUAUACAAGUCGCGCGAGAAUAUAUCACUAAGGUCGAUAAAUUAGAAGAGGCCGAAAGCCGACGCAUCGAAGAAACUGAUCAUCAGGAACACAAGCCUAUGAUCAUGCCGGAACCUCAGCUAAUGCUGACCGCAGGGCCAGGAAUGAUGGCACCUGGCUACGCGCCUCAAAACGUAUAUGGUACACCCGCACAAGUGUACGCGUCCACCGCAGCCUACCAAGGUUACGGUAUGUGAAAUACAUUUAAGGAGACAGAUCAACAAAGUCUACUUUUCUAUAAAGUUUAGGUAGAAUGAGAUUGUUUUGUUAGCUUAAUAUCGUCAAAGCGAAUACGAAUGAAUAUCAUUAGAAAAAAAACGAUGAAUUACCACGUUUAGAUCAUGAUAAUAGUGUAUCGAAUAGCGAAAUGCAUUAAGAAAAGGCAUUAAUACGCUAUCACACGCUACCUAAAUGUGAAUGUGUAAUUUAUAGGGAAGAUGUUGAGCAAAUUAUAUUUCAUGGUUUAAAUAGCUGUUCAACGCGAAUUUUGCAUGAAAAAAUUUAAAAAAUUAUUCGGAAGUGAUUGUAACGGAAAAAAAAGAUGUUUUUUUUCUCUUUUUUUUUAAAUGCGAUUUACCGAAAUUUUUCCAUUGAAUUAUCGUUGCACAGUCAAUGAAGAAGAUAUAUGUAUGUUGUGUGAACAAAGUAUAAUUUCCCUGUCUUUUACCGGCACAUAUGUGUGUGCGUCUACGUGCCUUUCUUUUGGCUACUAACAGGAAGCAAGCUUUUUUGGGCAAUAUGAUAAUUCGAAAGCAAAAUCAACUGUAGAUCAACAAUUACAUUGUAAUUUCUGUACAGAUUACCCAGCGCUUGCUUUUCGGCGAAAUUUCUUUCAAUUUCUCUCACCACUUAUGUAAACAUGCUUUUUUGAAAGUCAUCUCGUCUUUCUUUAUCUUUGAAAAAACGUUGGCAUUGUACUGGAUGUACAUUCUCAAAACCUUCUAGCGUGUGAUGAAUCGGUGGAAAGUAAGGAUCCCUCGCAAAAUUGCAAUGUAAUAAGAAUAUCUUUUAGAUCGGAGUAGAUCGCGUAUCGUUAUAUCAGUAUUGUAACGACGAGAUCAAGAUUGAGAAAAACUUGUAGACACCUCAAAAUAUGUUUGGCGUACCUAUAUUAACAUAUACAUCGUCCUAGAUCUACCUGUAUGUACAUUUGCUUGAACAUAAUACGAAGACACGUGUUCGCCACAAGUUAGCUUGAUUUGCGUAAACAAAACGAAUCAUAAAAUAAAUUAUAGGUACCGAAAUUGAACGGCAAGACCUUAUUGUCUCACUAAUGUACAACAGUGCAUGGAGUAGUCCGCCCGAAUUUUUUUGUCCAAUCUACAUUAAUCGUGUUUUUAAUCUUUCAGUGUUCAUUGCAUAAAAAGAUUAAUUACAGACAUGUCAAAUCUUAUCUUUAAUUUCUUGAAUUGUUUAAAGAAUUAAAGAUAAUUUGAUAACAAAGUCCAGCAUGAUCGUUCACUGUCACACAUUGUUUCGUAUAUAUUGUAGUUUUGGUAGUAUUUUCUACUCGUUUCACACAUAGGCGUAAUAGGCAUUACAUCUAUGGUUUUACAUAUAAUGUGUGUGCAUAAUAAUCUUAUUCAAAGUUAUUCAUCGUUAUAAUCAUAUUAUGUAACUUGUUACAAACCAUGCCUAAAUUAUGCAGUUUUAAGAUAAAUUAGAUCAAAAUGUUUCUAAAAAAUAACAAAGCUAUGUUUUGUUGAAUAUUUGUGUUUCUCUUUUUCUUUUGAAAUCUUUACGUCGUAUAUAUAAAACGUUAUGUUGAUGCAUCAAGAUCAAUAUGUAUAAGGUGCAACAGGCUACUGAGAAAAAACAAAUUAAUUUUGUAAUAUGUCUUACCGUUAACAUUCCUAAGUGAGUGUGAACUAACAAUCUGCGUAAAUUUGUAUCACUUAGUGAUCUAUAUCUCGUUUCUUUUUCUCAUAUCUCAACAGGUUAUAAUAUGUAGUCUUUUUAUUUUAAAAUGCACGGAGAGCGAAAGUUUAUACCGGUCACGUUAAUACUAUGCCCAAGUAAAAAAAAAAUUAUAUUGUGUAAUAAUAAAAAAAUGAACGCGCUCAUCGUUUUCCUCGUCUUCUCUAUCGCGCGACAUUUUGGUUUUUUUUGUACUCCACAGUUGAUCUUGCAGUGAUCUAGCUGUAUAUAUUAUAUAUUAAAACUGUUAUGUCGAAUGUCGAAGGAGGAGGUCAGUAACAUGCCCUGAUACUACGUUUUAUUUUUAUCUAAACCUUAGCCAAAUGAAAUUGUAGAGAUUGAUUAAACAAAUAUAGUUGUAUUAAUUGAAAAUAAUUAUCAUUGUAUCAGUGUCAUGUUUGACCAUUGCGAUUUUAAUGGAA